GUUUGUUUCAUCUCCGUCAUACAUCGUCUUGCUUUGGAGCUUGCAGACUCGCUAGCCUCCGCACUCACUCUCUCUGUCUCCUCCAAGCGAAGUUGUGAAUCGGAAGAUUUGAAAAAGCAGCAAUGGAGACUGCUGUUAUAGCUCCUAGCAUUCUGAAUGACGACAAGAUUCACAGCUCUGUGAUGCUUUUCAACCGAUGGUCCUAUGACGACGUUCAAGUCAGUGACAUUUCUGUGCAGGAUUACAUUACUGCAACUGCUUCCAACCAUCCAACCUAUAUGCCUCACACUGCUGGCAGGUACCAAGCUAAACGGUUUAGGAAGUCCCAGUGCCCUAUUGUAGAGAGGCUGACCAACUCCCUCAUGAUGCAUGGACGGAAUAACGGGAAGAAGCUGAUGGCGGUCCGCAUUGUCAAGCAUGCUAUGGAGAUCAUCCAUCUGUUGACUGACCUAAAUCCCAUUCAAGUCAUCGUUGAUGCUGUUAUCAACAGUGGACCGAGAGAAGAUGCAACUCGAAUUGGUUCUGCUGGUGUUGUGAGGCGUCAGGCUGUGGAUAUUUCUCCCCUUAGACGCGUUAAUCAGGCGAUAUAUCUCCUUACAACUGGUGCUCGUGAGAGUGCUUUCAGGAACAUUAAGACCAUUGCAGAGUGUCUUGCUGAUGAGCUUAUUAAUGCUGCCAAGGGUUCUUCGAACAGCUAUGCAAUUAAGAAGAAAGAUGAGAUCGAGAGGGUUGCAAAGGCCAACCGUUGAGAGUGGAUCUCUUUGGUGGUGUGGAGGAGCUUCAUAUUAGGACAGUUUUGCUUGUGGUGCUCCCUAUUUCUUUUCUAAGAGCUAUAGAACUCGCCAAUGAGAAAAAGUUAUGGUGAACUCUUUGCUGUUUUGUAAGGAUUAAGGUUUUUCUGUCGUCUUUUUCGACAUUGAAGACCAACGUAUCGUUUGUUUUGAUUUGGUAUCACUACUGAAUGAAUGCUCUGGUUCAUUGGUACUUGGUUUUAAUUUAAUUUAAUUUAUAUUCUGGCCUUUUUCAUUUAUGCCAAUUAUUUUGGGGCUUUACGA